AUGAACGAUGCUAAAAUAGAUUUUCUAAAGUGGCUAUAAAAAGAACGAAAUGAUCAAUUUACUUAAUUGUUUUCAGAAGAUGUUCUAUUAAAUAUAGAAUCAGAAAAAGAGAUUUCUAAACUUUAAAAAAUAUCUUUGAAUAAUUACCAAAAAUUAAUAUAUAGUGGAUCAAAUAUUCAAUUAAACAAAGUAAUCAAGUCUAAUGUUUAAGAAAUUAAUCAAAAGAAUAAAUUUUAGCAAACAAAAAUAAAUGAUUUAAUAGGUAUUCUUAUAUUUUAAUAUUAAGAUAAUAUUUAAUUAGGAGAAAACUUUCUAGAUUAGAAUGAAAGAAUAGAUUCACGUAAUUAUUAAUAGCCACAAAUCUCAAGAUAACCAAAGUAAGAGUUUUUAAAAGAAGAAAUACCAUUAAGAAAACUUAUAGCAAUUUUAAAAUGA